AUGUCGGACGCAGGUCGAGAUACUCCAGUGGAGAUGAAGCCACUCCCCGAGGUCCAGGCUAGGGAGAAUUUCUCUGGCCUUGAUACUGCGCCGAACCAGGAGUACUUACCGUCGCCUUCGCCUCCAGUACAUGACGACAUGAAUGAUAGCUACUACUUCAGCGGCCCCAGAGAUCUCCGCGGUCAUUCCAAAUGGCCACUCAUUCUUCAACUCCACGGCUCAAUCAUGCCAUCACUCAUCAUCCCUCUUUUCCUCGUCGCAUGCUGGUCCACCGCUAUCACCGUUAUCUCCAAAAAAGUUCAUGAUCUCAGCGUCAACUCUGUUCUUCUCACCAUCCUCGGUUUCGUCGUCGGUCUCAGUCUCUCCUUUCGAUCAUCAACUGCUUACGAGCGCUACGCUGAGGGUCGUCGAUACUGGGGAAUGUUGGCUACCGCUUCGCAAACCCUUGGGCGAAUCAUCUGGAUCCAUGCAGCGGACACUGGUGCUGAUGGCCAAGAUACUCGUGAGCUGCUUGUCAAGAAGCUUGGAGCGCUGAAGCUCAUCGCUGGGUUUGCUGUUGCACUGAAGCAUACGCUUCGCUUUGAGCAUUGUGCGAGUCAACCUGAUAUGCAGCCGUACAUAGCUCACCUUGACACAUUCUCUGGACGUACAACAGCCGUGCCGAAGCGAAGACUUACCAACUUCAAACAGGCUGGUGAGUAUCUGGGUCUCUCAUUCGCCCAGAGUGAUCCGCGCAAGCACCUCAAGAGAGCCGAAGAGCACCAAGGAAAUCUCCCGCUAGAGAUACUGAACCACCUGGCCAUUUCUGUCGACUGUCUCGUCGCAAACAAGCAGCUGCCCGUCGCUAUCCACCAGACUGUCGCGUAUAAUCACAUCACUAUGCUUAAUGACGUAGCAGUCGGGUGUGAUCGAGUGCUCAAUACCCCAUUGCCGAUCGCAUACACUAUCGCCAUUAGUCAGAUCACGUUUGUGUAUGUUAUGCUGUUGCCGUUCCAGUUGACUGGCCCUCUUGGCUGGAUAGCUAUCCCAGCCACCAUUACUGCGGCAUACAUCAUCUUUGGUCUAUUGUUCAUUGGACAAGAGAUCGAGAAUCCCUUUGGCCGUGAUGUCAACGACUUGCCGCUAGAGACUUUCUGCGAUCAGAUUGCAACCGACCUUGACAUCACCGCUUCAUUCGAUCGCCGUGUUGCUGACCAUUUCUUGCUCAAUGGAACACCGCUAUAUCCUGUCAGCGUCGCGCCGGGCAAAACUUGGAUGGACGGUAGUGAGGAGAAGAUGAGGGAAACUAUCAAGACUAAGCCGCAUGUUCUGUUCAGCUGGCGACGCCAUAGGUCUCGUGACGAUACCUCCAAGGAGAUGGAUGGGAAGAUCGUGUAG